CGAUACGCGUAUUACACUCGGUCGAUAAAGGAGGCGAAGAACAGGUGACGACAUCGUUGUCAUACUCGUGAUUUCAUAACACGCCAUUUUCUUUGUGUAAAGUGUGCUGGGAGCGCGAAGCGUUUGCACGUCGAUAUUUUCUACCGAGUUUUUCAGCCAAAAAUGGCAUCCCGCAAGAAAGUGUUGCUAAAAGUUAUUAUCCUUGGGGAUUCAGGAGUUGGAAAAACUUCUUUGAUGAAUCAGUAUGUCAAUAAGAAGUUUAGUAAUCAAUAUAAAGCAACAAUAGGAGCAGAUUUUUUGACUAAAGAAGUAAUGGUGGAGGAUAGAAUAGUCACUAUGCAGAUCUGGGAUACCGCUGGACAAGAAAGAUUUCAAUCAUUAGGAGUGGCCUUCUACAGAGGCGCUGAUUGUUGCGUACUUGUAUUUGAUGUAUCUGCUCCAACUAGCUUCAAAUCUCUAGAUUCAUGGAGGGAUGAGUUUUUAAUUCAAGCUUCUCCUCGGGAUCCAGAUAAUUUUCCGUUCGUCGUGCUCGGGAAUAAAGUAGAUCUUGAAUCAAGAGCAGUAUCAAGCAAGAGAGCACAACAGUGGUGUCAAUCAAAGAAUAAUAUUCCAUACUUUGAAACUAGUGCAAAAGAGGCUAUUAAUGUCGAGCAGGCUUUCCAAACGAUAGCUAAGAAUGCUUUAGCUCAAGAAAGUGAAGUUGAACUUUACAAUGAAUUUCCUGAUCAAAUCAAAUUGAGCAACGACCAAAGAAGCAACGGUAGAGGUGAUUCGUGUGCUUGCUAGGUCUCGGCACAGCGGUAAUAUCUCUUGGAUGACUAAUAAAGAUGCACAGGUCAGAUUCUACAUUUACGUCACCUGUGCAUAAAGGACGUGGAGAAUAUAUUGCGAUGAGCUUUAUGUGUGCAGGAAGUCCCAAGUAUAUUUCUUCAUUUCAAUGUGUUAUACAAUCUUCCUCUAUUCGCGAAAUGUUUCAAUAUUCUUGAAAUACUUUUGUUGAAACAAUCAUUCAUGCACGGUAAAAAGUAACGAAUUAAAUCCAUACGUAACGGGAUGUGUACAAACUAUCGAUAUAUACAUAUAUGUAUAAAAUUGUUUUUGUAAAUGUAUAUGGGAAUAAGAUAUAUUUAUCCGACUUCCUAACCUAAAAAAUAUCGCAAUCUUGAAUUAUGUACUCCCGCUGGACUUGUCGUAAUAUGUAGAUCCUCUAUGUUAUCCUUUAAAUUUAUUAUAUAUAGUUAUCCUUUAAAUGAAGGAUAUGCAUCUUGUUUUUAAGUAUUGUAAUGCUCUCUUAUUGGAUAUAUGGCGAAACAAUUGAAUUUUUCUUAUCUCAAUCUUGAUGAUUUAUUGUUGAACUAAUUUCACCAAAACAAUCUCAAGAUUUCCAAACGAGAUACAUAUAUAUAAAUAUAUAUAUAUAUAGGAAUCGUUAUAUAUAUAUAUAUAUUGCACCAGAGAGGAUAAUAUAUAGGUCGGGAACACACACACAGUUAGUGGUACUGUUAAUAAAUUAUAAUAAAAGUAUUUGCUCAUAAUUUGUUAAAUACAAUUGCAUUUACAGAGAAGCUCUAGUAUAUAGCUUAUUAUUCUUAGACAGAAUCGAAUAUUUGCUGUC